AUGGCAAAGGACUUUCAAGACAUCCAGCAGCUGGACUCUGAGGAAAAUGACCACCAGCUCGGUAGAGGUGAGGGGCCAGGCUCUUGGAGGCACCAUUCCAGGAGAGAAGAUCCAUUCUGGAAAGGAACACCCCAUCCGCAGCCCCUGCUGCUGCAGCGUCUCUGCUCCGAGCUCCGCCUCAGUCUGCUCGUCCUGGGCGUCAAUGUCUUGCUGCUGGUGGCCAUCUGUGUGAUUGGGUCCCAAAGAACACAGCUGCAAGUGGAGCUGUGGACCCUAAAAGAAACUUUCAGCAAUUUCUCCUCGAGCACCCUGGUGGAGAUCCGGGCUCUCAGCUCCCACGGAGGCAGUGCUGGUGACAAGCUGACAUCUCUGGAAGCCAAGCUGGAAAAACAGCAGCAGAACCUGAAAGCAGACCAUGACACCUUGCUCCUUCAUCUGAAGCACUUCCCAGUGGAUCUGCGCAUCCUGACUUGUCAGCUGGCAUCCCUCCAGAGCAACGGCACGGAAUGCUGCCCCGUUAACUGGAUGGAACAUGAAGGCAGCUGCUACUGGUUCUCUCGCUCUGGGAAGACAUGGCCCGAGGCUGAGAAGUACUGCCAGCUGGAGAACGCCCACCUGGUGGUCAUCAACUCCAGAGACGAGCAGAAAUUCAUUGUACAGCACACGAGCCCGUUUCGUAUCUGGAUAGGUCUCACCGACAGUGAAGGCCCCUGGAGAUGGGUGGAUGGCACAGACUAUAAGAGUAGCUACAAGAACUGGGCUGUCACUCAGCCAGAUAACUGGCAAGGGCACGAACAGGGAGGAGGUGAAGACUGUGUUGAAAUUCAUCCUGAUGGCCACUGGAACGAUGACUUCUGCCAGCAGGUGCAUCGCUGGGGGUGUGAGAUGAAGCGGAACCUCACCACCUAG